CUGUUAGUGGUGCAUCUUUGUCAGUACAGUCGUACCAAAAGCUGUUUGCAGCGGGAAGAAACUAUACAUACAUCUCGUCAGGAAGAAGCACGAAGACAGGCAGCUUCCCUCCUUAACUCCAUGUUGCGAGGUGAUUGCGGUGAUUCCGUAGAACCGGCCGUUAAACGGUUCAAAGAGGAUGAAAUGGUCCCAGAAGAAAUUCGAGAAACUUUUGAAAGAAGAGUUACGGUGCAUACUAUUCAAACAGACAAUGAGAAUUGUUCGCAUGAAGUAGCACUGCCUCCUGACAUGCCGUUCGAGCCGUUGGUUACCAGAGAUGUGGCUCCGGCGAAAAGCUACCCCUUCCAGUUGGAUGCGUUUCAACGAGAGGCAAUCACUUGUGUUGAGAAUAAUCAAUCAGUGCUUGUUUCUGCUCAUACUUCUGCUGGAAAGACUGUUGUUGCCCUAUAUGCCAUAGCCCAAUCGUUGCGAGACAAACAAAGAGUGAUCUACACAUCUCCAAUCAAAGCCUUGUCAAACCAGAAGUUCCGAGAAUUGGAAGAGGAAUUUGGAGACGUAGGUCUUAUGACAGGUGACGUAACUCUAAAUGCUGAAGCAUCCUGCAUUGUCAUGACAACUGAAAUCCUUCGGUCUAUGCUGUACAAAGGCUCUGAAGUGAUGAGAGAAGUGGGUUGGGUGAUCUUCGAUGAAAUCCAUUAUAUGAGAGACAAAGAACGUGGCGUUGUUUGGGAGGAAUCUAUCAUCCUCCUGCCAGACAACGUUCAUCAUGCAUUCCUGUCGGCUACUAUUCCAAACGCGCGGCAAUUUGCACAGUGGGUGUGUUGGCUGCAUAGGCAGCCGGUGCAUGUCGUGUACACGGAUUAUCGGCCUACUCCACUUCAGCAUCUCAUCUUUCCUGUGGGAGGUGAAGGGCUAUAUGAAGUUGUCAACAUCCAGGGUCAAUUUCUUGAAGACAAGUUCAUGGAAGCAAUGAGUGGAUUAGAGGCGCUGGGUGACAAAGCGGAAGGAGGUAUUCAGAAAGGUCGUAAAGGUGGAAUGAAGACCGAUUCUAACGUAGUGAAGAUAAUUCGAACUAUCAAAGAACGUUCAAUGUUGCCGUGCAUCAUAUUCUCCUUUAGUAGGAAGGAGUGUGAGGCGUAUGCUCUUUCUCUCAAGAAUAUGGAUUUUAACGAUGAUGAAGAGAAGAAAUUAGUUCGCGAAAUUUAUAGUAGUGCUGUCAGCCUUCUAAAAGAUGACGAUAGGAAGAUUCCUCAAAUAGGACAGAUACUUCCUCUAUUAUUGCGUGGCAUCGGUGUUCAUCACUCAGGACUAAUGCCAAUUCUUAAAGAAACUGUGGAGAUAUUAUUUGGAGAAGGUCUGUUGAAGACCUUGUUUGCCACGGAGACGUUCUCGAUGGGCUUGAACAUGCCAGCGAGAACAGUUCUGUUCACGUCAGCCCGUAAAUUCGACGGAAUUAAUAACAGGUGGAUCACUUCUGGUGAAUAUAUCCAAAUGUCCGGACGAGCUGGUCGACGAGGAAAGGAUGAUCGUGGUUUGGUAAUUCUGAUGGUCGAUCACAAAAUGAGUAGUGACGACGCUAAACAAAUCAUAAAGGGAGCGGCUGAUCCACUCAAUUCACAAUUUCGUCUCACGUACAAUAUGGUUUUGAACUUACUUCGAGUGGAAGGAGUCAAUCCAGAGUUUAUGUUGGAGCGGUCUUUCUAUCAAUUUCAGAACUUUGACGCUAUUCCAGAACUACAACGAAGUGUUCUUUUUUCAUUGUGCGAUUUAUACCUGCAGAUUGCAAACCUGCGGAAAACAAUCAAGAAAACAAUACACAUGCCAAAAUAUCUUGUGCCUUUCCUCCAUGUCGGUAGAAUGCUCCAUAUAGUUGUUGGUAGCCGAGAUUUUGGUUGGGCCGUUUUUGUGAACUUCCAUAAGAGAACUGAUAUAGACGACAGCACGCAGAUGGUGUACAUCCUCGAGUGCGUUAUCUUUACAAAUCCCACCACGUACUUCCUUCUUUUUUUUUGGAUUUUCAUCACGUCAUUUGAUCUCGUACCUCUAACUUUGGAUUGUGUCGAUGAGAUCAGUUCCCUUCGAUUAAAGCUUCCACCAAAAUUGGAUUCAGAUCACUCCAAAAGUAGUUUGAAAUCGCGAUUUAACAAUAAUAUCCCUCUUCUGGAUCCCAUCAAAGACAUGCAUAUCUCCGAGCCGUCAAUCAUUCAUGCUGUUGAAAAAGUCGCUGAAUUGGAAGAACGUAGUAAAGAGCAUCCGUUGCGGAAAAUGAAGAAUUUUAACGAUAUCAAGACGCAGUGGCUUUCUAAGGACCAGGCAAAACAGGAAUACAAGACUCUGUGUGAGGAGUUACGAAAAGCGCAGUCAGUCCUGCAGCUGGAAGAACUUGGUCAUAGAAAAAGACUGCUCCGCCGCCUUGAAUAUGCUGACAAAUGCGACAUUAUAACUGACAAGGGGCGUUGUGCCUGUGAACUCUCUGCUUCUGAUGAGUUGAUGUUGACUGAAAUGCUUUACGGAGGUGUAUUCACAGACCUUACACCUGCUCAAAUCGCCGCCCUUCUAUCUUGUUUUGUGUUUCAGGAAAGCGCAAGAACUCCUAAAUUAGCUGAGGAGCUGUCCGAUUGUCUUCGAAAACUUCAUGAGUACGCUCGACGGAUUGCCAAGUUGUCUGUUGAGUGUAAACUUGAUAUCAUUGAAGACAAAUAUGUUGAAUCCUUCAAGCCAGGAAUGAUGGACGUUGUCUACCAAUGGGUCAAUGGCGCCUCGUUUGGAGAGAUCGUAAAGAAUUCUGAUAUUUUUGAAGGCUCGAUCAUUCGAUGUCUUCGUCGACUAGAAGAGGUUCUUAGGGAGAUGGUAAAUGCGGCGAAGGCGAUGCAGAAUCCGGAACUGGAAGAGAAAUUUGAAGAAGCUCGGCUUCGAAUCAAGAGAGAUAUUGUGUUUGCUGCUUCCUUAUAUCUCUAA